AUGCAAGCGGGGAAGCUUGGAAAUCCGGAAACUCCAAAGUUAAUACGUCAGCGUGGAGCUGCACUAGCUGGAAGCAACCGUAAACUCACGUCCGAGCUUGCGAAGAAUUUCAGAGAAGGGAUAAGAGUAGACCUCGAAGAGAGAAGAGUAGAAGUGUUGGCCGCAGUUGUAGAGGCGGGAAAGAGCAUUCGUUAUGCCAAUCAUAAAACAAAAAUUACUGCUCUCCGGACCCCAGAUGGAACAACUACAGCAUCGAGAAGGGGAAUGGAGAAGGUCAUCCACGACUCCUACUCAGAUCUCUUCGACAGUUACGUCCACCUUCCUCCUCACCAUAUGAGAGUAAACAGGAAAGAAAGAACAUUAGAUGAAGGACAGCCAUGGGAGCAUCAGGGUUUCAAAAAGGGUAAGAAGAACCGUAAUUUACCCAGUCCCGACAGAAUCAAGCUUGAACAGCUGAAUUACCUGCCUUCAGUCCUCAUCAUCACACCGGCGAGGCUCUUCACUCGUUUUUUGUCCGAAUACAAGUUUCUUAGGCAAUGGAAAACCAGCAGGACCGUGAUGUUGUAUAAGAAGGGAGAGCCACAAGAUAUCAGCAACUAUUCUUCAAUAUUACAGUCUGUCAUCUACAGGCUCUUCACAAGAGUAAUCCUAAACAGGAUAGAAAGAACAUUAGAUGAAGGACAGCCAUACGAGCAAGCUGGGUUUCGAAAAGAGUCAAGUACGACUGGCCACGUACACACUCUUUCAAAACUCAUAGAAUUAUCGCGAGAAUACAAGAUGUCGCUGUGUCUCACUUUCAUUGACUUGAAGAAAGCCUCUGAUUCCCUUGAGACUGAAGCGGUCAUUAAGGCUUUGGGCAACCAAGGCGUCCCUACUCCAUACAUAGCGAUACUUCUGCAACUCUUGAGAGGAUUGGAAUGGGAUGACAUGGGAGUGAGUGUUGACGACGGUCAUUUACACCAUCUUCGUUUCGCUGACAUCGUUCUUACAACAUCAAGCAUCAAUCAGCCAGAACGAAUGCUGGUCAAAUUUGAUGAAACAUGUAGAAAGAUAGGUCUCCAGCUGAAUCAGGACAAGACGAUGUUCAUGAGGAAUGGAUGGGUUCUUGAUCGCCCAUUCACGCUCAACGCAACGAAUAUAUUCGAAUGCUCCAGCUAUGUAUAUCAAGGUCGGGAAGUCAACACGAUUAACUGA